AUGCCGCCACCGAAAUCCAAAAAACUCACCGCGCAGCCAGUGCGAACGCGCCAAUUCGCCGGCAAACCCACAGCUGCACCUGAACCCGAAGAACGCUCAAGCUCAGAAUCAGAGUCGGAGGAGGAACAGCCAAAGCCAAAACCUUUUGCGAAACCAAAGCCCGCACCCAUCGCAUCGUCGUUUCCCAAGUCGGCGCUCAAAGCAAAACUUGCAUCGCGGCAGAAAUCCGAGGCGGAGCGCAAGGCGCUAGAAGACGAGUUCGAAACAGAAAGCGAGGAAGAGGAGGGCGGCGAAGAUGGCAGCGGGAGUGAAAGCGGCAGCGGCAGUGAAGAAGAGUCUUCUGAGGAGGAGUCAAGUAGCGAAGAAGAGGCACCGAAGAAACUACUGCGCCCAGUGUUUCUGAAGAAGAACGAGCGGAACAAAGUCGCACCUGUCAAAUCAGCAGAGGAGAUAGCGGCAGAAGAGGAAGCGCGGCGGCAGGAGCAAAACAGAGCGCUUGUACAAGAGCAGGUCGAGCAGCGCAUAGCCGAGAAGGCGGCGGGCAAGAAAGACUGGGAUGACGACGUGGAAGACGCCGACAUCAACGCCAUCGACGACACAGACGGUGUAGACCCCGACGCCGAAUAUGCUGCCUGGAAGCUGCGCGAGCUCAAGCGCAUUAAGCGCGAACGUCUCGCGAUCGAAGAAGCCGAAGCAGAGCGCGCAGAGAUCGAGCGCCGCCGCAACUUAUCCGCCGCCGAACGCGAAGCCGAAGACCGCGCCUUCAUCGAAAAACAACAAGAAGAAAAGGGCGAUCGUGGGCAAAUGCAGUACAUGCAGAAGUACUUCCACAAGGGCGCCUUCUUCACAGACGAGCUGAAGGAACUGGGUGUGGACCGAAGGAACUUCAUGAAUGCGCGCUUCGAAGACGAGACGAAUCGCGAGAUUCUUCCCGAGUACAUGCAGAUCAGAGACAUGACAAAACUGGGCAAAAAGGGUCGGACACGCUAUAGGGACAUGAAGACCGAAGAUACCGGCAAAUGGGGUGACUUCGGUGAUGACCGGCCGCGGAGAGACAAGGGCGAUUUCGGUGUCGACGAGAGAUUCAGACCUGAUGCUUAUGGCGGAAGAGAUCGGGAUAGAGAGGGCCCUUCUGGCGCAAACGCGAAGCCACUUGGCGAGAGGAAGAGGUUCGGCGACGAUCACGACCGGGACAGUAAGCGCCCGAAGAUGGAAGAGCGGGCUUAA